UUUAUUCAGUUCAUUGCUUGUGUUCGGAGAAACUAGACGGAUGGCGAGAUGCUUCCUUUAAAAUUAUGUGCAAUUUUUACUUUACUUAUGCCUGUGUGCUUGGAGGCGGCAAGAAUACUGGCUGUAUUUCCAUUUCCCGGACCGUCGCAGUACAUAAAUGCGUUGCCAUAUCUAAAGGAACUCGCCGCUCGGGGUCACGAAGUGACCUCCAUUAAUGCUUUUCCCCAGAAGAAACCUCUAAAAAACUUCCGGGAUAUUCCUAUACCUGAGGUAUUCGAAAACUACAAUGAUCUAAUUACAGACUUGAGUCAGCCAAUGAACUUGUGGCAAGAGAAUAAUUUUAUUAACAAAUUUUUUGUCAGUGUCACUCGCGCCGUUUUGACAAACAAAGAAGUGAAAGAAUCGCUCCUGCCACUUGGAAAGGAUCACUUUGACUUAAUAAUUGUAGAGGCUUUGCGAACAGAUGCAUAUUAUGGAUUUGCUUCUCAUUUCAAUGCCCCAAUCAUUGGUCUCUCGACCUUUGGCACUGACUGGAAUAUCGACGAGCUAGUCGGCAACGUAUCCCCCAUGUCAUACACUCCCCUGGUGACCGCGGGUUUAACGGAUCGAAUGAGUUUCAGAGAGCGCAUUACCAAUUUUGUGGAUACUACAUUAGCCUGGCUAAACUACAAAUAUGUGCACAUGCCUCUGCAGGAAGAGAUGUACGCGAAGUACUUCCCGGAGGCCUCGAAAAGGGUUCCAUUGUCCGACUUAAAUAGAAACUUCUCAUUGGUGUUGCUCAAUCAGCACUUCUCGCUGAGUUAUCCCCGUCCAUAUGUUCCUAACAUGAUCCAGGUUGGAGGCCUGCAUAUAUCUCAUAAGCCGGCUCCUUUACCCCAGGACUUGGAAGAGUUUAUUCAGGGCGCCGGCAAGGCAGGCGUCAUCUACUUCUCCUUGGGAUCUAAUGUGAAAAGCAAGGACUUGCCCGCUGAAAGAAGGGAAAUAAUCUUGAAAACGUUUGCCACUCUGCCGCAGCGAGUGCUUUGGAAAUUCGAGGAGGACCAGUUGCCGGGUAAGCCGUCGAAUGUGUUUAUUAGCAAAUGGUUUCCCCAGCCAGACAUCUUGGCCCAUCCCAACGUAAAGCUCUUCAUCACACAUGGAGGCUUGCUAAGCACGAUCGAGAGCAUCCACCAUGGCAAGCCGGUCCUUGGAUUGCCCUUUUUCUACGACCAAUUUCUGAAUGUCAAAAGAGCAACACAGGCUGGAUUUGGUCUGGGACUCGACCACAAGACAAUGACGCAGCGAGAGUUUAAGGAAACCAUCGAGAGAUUGGUAAACGAACCCAAGUUUGCGGACACGGCCAAGCAGAUGUCCGAUCGCUAUCGGGACCAACCGAUGACUCCUCUGGAAACAGCCAUUUGGUGGACAGAGUACGUUUUGCGACACAAGGGGGCCUAUCACAUGCGAGUGGCUGGCCAAGAUCUCGGCUUCUUUGCCUAUCACAGCUUGGACGUGAUCGGAACUCUUUUGGGAGGAGCUCUUCUGCUCCUUGCAAUUGUGCUGGCUUUGCUUUGUAAAUUUAUCACCCUCGCCGGCUUCCGUAACUCUAAGAAAAAACGGAAAAUUCAUUAGGCUUUAUUUGAUUUAAAUGUAAAGUUGAUUUGUAUAUUUUCAUAAUAAAAUGGGAUGGCAACUUUAUGCAGCUUGCAUAUAUGGAA